AUGGUGAAGCUACCACAAUUCAAAAACGAUCCCGUCGUAAAAUCAUGCACCACCAAGUUAAACAAAAACCAUUUUACAGGUAUCCCAGUAAUUGACCUCUCGCGUCCUCACGACGCUAAGAACCUCAUCGUUGAUGCCUGCCAAAUUUACGGCUUCUUUAAGGUCGUCAAUCAUGGCGUGCCGCCAUUGCUGGUGGCGGAACUAGAAAACGAAGCCCUUGGGUUCUUCAACAUGAGCCCGUCCGAGAAAAACAAGUAUUGUCCUCCAAAUCCUUUAGGGUAUGGUAGCAACAAAAUUGGACCAAAUGGAGACAUUGGGGGUCUCGAAUAUCUUCUCCUCGCUUCCAAUAAUUUCCCAACGAACUCCAAAAUCUUCUCGUUGCUAGCAAAAAGGUAUGUGGAAGAAGUAAGAAAAUUGGGGUGUGAAAUACUGGAGUUGAUGGCAGAGGGACUGAAGAUAGAGCCAAGGAGUGUUUUAAGCAGGAUGUUAAGCGAUGAGAAGGCCGACACUGUCUUCAGGCUCAACCACUAUCCACCGGACCUGGACACGGACCCGGAAGGUCGGGGCAGGAAUCAAAUCGGUUUUGGAGAACAUACGGACCCACACCUUAUAUCAAUUGCAAGAUCUAACACCACAUCAGGGUUCCAAAUCUGUCUGGCUGAUGGAACAUGGGUUGCAGUCCCACCUGAUGACUCCUCCUUCUUCGUCAACGUUGAUGAUUUAUUGCAGGUGAUGACAAAUGGAAGGUUUAGAAGUGUAAGGCAUAGAGUGGUUGCAGACAGGUUGAAGUCAAGGGUUUCGAUGAUAUACUUCGGAGGUCCACCAUUAAUGGAGAAGAUCUCACCGUUGGAUUCACUAAUGGAGCCUGGCGAAGAAAGCUUGUACGAUGAGUUCACCUGGUUUGAGUAUAAAUCAUGUACAUACAAGACUAGGUUGGCUGAUGAUAGACUCUCUUUCUUUUACAAACCUCUCCAUACUUAGAUUUCAUCUGUUGUUAAAAGUCAACUCAUCCAACGCUUUUUGUUUAUCAAGAGCUUGAAUU